AUGCGAAGAACAGUAGAUCGGUGUCCGGUUGAUGUCAUUCUAGUGCCAUCAGGACAUCCCUUGACUCUGGAGUACGCUGACGAUGUUGUAAUUGUCGCGGAAAGCAGUACGGAACUUCAACAUGUUGUCAAUCUUGUAUCGAAGCUGGCUAUGGACUACGUCUAUAGACGUAAGCAAAUGUGGAUCUCCUCGAGACAUCAAACGGGAAUCAGGGUGGACGGACAACCGAUAGAACUCGUCGAUGAGUUCUGUUACCUGGGUUGUACGCGGAAGAACAACGGCAGCUACGAGAGAGGUGUUCAGCAAAGAUGCGGAAAGGCCACUUCUGCAUUUAAAUCCUUAACGAAAUGCCUGUGA